AUGCAGCUAUUUCCCAUAACUACUCUGCUGGUCAGCAUUGCUGCUGCCAUCCCGUCCUACCGUGAUGUGCGCGGCAAUACGCCUGUGCGCAUUCGAAUCGGUGUUGACAGGGCCGCUUCACAGACGGCUCUGACAGUACUUACAAGGGAUCGGGACGUGACCAUCGGUAAGAGCUGUUCGGCUACUCUCAACACGGGAAAUUUUGCACAAUUUCCGAUUAUUUCCCAGCUCGAUGAUAACGGCAGUGGCACUGGAAGCAUCACGAUUGGCAACAAUGUGUAUACAAUCCAUUCAGAUACCGAUGCUUCUGGUGGCAUUUCAUGCAGCAGACUAUUUGGAGAAGAUAUCUUGCUAAUUGAGUGCGAUGCUACUAUUCCAGCAACUAAACAACUGAUUCCGGUUGCUACAGAAGAACUUUCCACAUGUGUGACGGACACUUUCUUUUCAGCCAUUUUGGAGAAUGAGGCUCUGCAGCCAGCAUUCGACCCACCGACUGAGGGCAGCUCAACAGACUUCAACUCUACCGACUUCAAAUCUACUGAAUUGGACACUGAGCUUAGUAAACGCCAAACACCAAGCCCGUGCAUACAAUGGAGUCCGUUCACUGAGAAAGACGGUGACGGCAGCCCAACCCAGAGCAUGCAGUUUAUCCAACUCAGUGAAAACAUCUUUUGUGGUGCUGCGAGUGAGUGCAGUGCUGGCCGCGAGGAUUCUACAUCCUACGCUAUCGGAUUUUCAGUUGCAGGUGCUCUUACCCGGUGGGCCAGUGUCGGCUUCGCUGUGGAACAAAGCAGGUCAACGGAUACCACUCUCAAUGUUAACUACAAAUACCUGAUAGGUAUUGUAAUGGCUAAGGUAACCUACGGUCUUGUGGCGAUAUAUAACGAGGAGAGUGGGGCAUUGACUGAAAUUGUCUCGCUUUUGUCUGAUAAGAACCCGACGCUCAAGAUCAUUGAAGUUGGUAAUGGUACCGGAAGUGCGACUCGGAAAGUAUUGCCAGCUCUAAACGGGCAUGUUCAACAGAAACUUGAAGCUAGUAUUUACCCGGAGAUCAAAGCGUUUCCUGAUAUCAAGGGCCGACAUAUGAUCGGAGAUAUUGAUCGCGAUUCACAAGCUCGGAUAUUUACACAAACUUCUGCUGCUGAACUUCUAGAGGGCGAGAUCGAGAUUGAUGUCCAGGUGAUGGACUUCAGCAACAAAGAAGUUCCUCUGCAGUCACCCAGUUCAAAGUGGGAGACAGGAUUUGUGGCCUGGCUUUCCCUGAUCAUGCUAGCAUCGGGGUGCGGACCCUCGCAGCACUCCGUUACGCUUUGA